CACACCUUUGUGGAUAUAAACUAACGAACCCGGUGGUUACCCCUCCAUACAUAUGGACUGAACCAAACCUCUAAUCUCUUCACAAUUUCAAUGGCGACUCUAAAAAUUUCAACUAAACCAUCAACAAUGGCAUACAUGCAAAGCCAAAUUCAUCCCUUAAAUCUCAAACCCUGUCCUCUUAUCCACAAUUCUCGAACUCUUGGUGUGUACAACAACAAAGGUGGCCGCACUUUUUCCUUUACUCUUACAUGUAAGCUCAAAGUUAAAACAGUUAAAGGAACGGAAACCAACAAUGAAAAAAGCGUUUCUGGUCAGAUUACAGUGCCUGAUUCUGAUAGUGCGCCGCCAAUUAUUGAAGCAGAAGAAGGGUCUAUAGGAAAUGUUGAAAAGAAAAUGGAGCAGAAAAAUAGUGUUUCUGGUUCAGGAAUGUUCAAGAAAUUGCCUAGAAAAGUGUUGGGAAUUUUGUCAAAUUUGCCUUUGGCUAUUGCUGAGAUGUUUGCUGUUGCUGGGUUAAUGGCCUUAGGAACUUUCAUUGACCAAGGUGAGGCUCCUGAUUACUACUUUCAAAAGUUUCCCGACGAUCAUCCUUUCCUGGGUUUUUUCUCUUGGAGAUGGGUUCUUACCCUUGGCUUUGAUCAUAUGUUCUCAUCACCGGUCUUUCUCGGAACAUUGACUCUACUGGGAGCAUCAUUGAUGGCUUGCACAUACACAACACAGAUUCCCCUUGUGAAGGUAGCAAGAAGAUGGUCUUUCUUAAACUCGGCAGAGACAAUUCGUAAGCAAGAAUAUGCAGACACUCUGCCUAGAGCAUCAGUUAAAGACUUGGGUGUUAUACUGAUGGGAAAUGGAUACGAGGUAUUCUCGAAAGGGCCAGCUCUGUAUGCAUUUAAAGGGUUGGCAGGUAGAUUCGCUCCAAUUGGCGUCCAUUUGUCGCUGCUGCUUGUAAUGUCCGGAGGAACACUUAGUGCAACGGGGAGCUUUAGAGGGGCUGUGACUGUUCCACAAGGUUUAAAUUUUGUCGUGGGUGAUGUACUUUCACCAUCUGGGUUCCUAUCCACCCCUUCCGAUGCUUUUAGUACAGAGGUUCAUGUCAAUCGAUUCUCCAUGGACUACUAUGACAGUGGGGAGGUAUCACAGUUCCAUACUGAUCUUUCACUAUAUGACCUUAACGGAAAGGAAGUAAUGAGGAAGACUAUAAGUGUUAAUGAUCCGUUAAGGUACGGGGGAAUCACUAUAUACCAAACAGAUUGGAGUAUAUCAGCGCUACAAGUACUGAAGGAUGGCGAAGGUCCUUUUAAUUUGGCUAUGGCACCACUGCAAAUGAAUGGGGGUGACAAGAAGCUCUUUGGUACUUUCCUACCAGUCGAAGAUGGUGAUUCACCCAAUGUUAAGGGAAUAUCAAUGCUAGCACGUGAUUUGCAGUCAGUUAUUCUUUAUGAUAAACAAGGAAAAUUCGCAGGAGUCAGACGGCCUAAUUCCAAGCUUCCAAUUGAGAUUGAUGGAACCAAAAUUGUUAUUGUAGAUGCAAUUGGAAGUAGUGGCCUUGACCUAAAGACUGAUCCAGGAGUACCUGUUGUCUAUGCUGGUUUCGGUGCUCUAAUGCUAACGACUUGCAUCAGUUAUUUAUCUCAUACACAGCUAUGGGCCUUACAAGAUGGAACAUCGGUGGUGGUUGGGGGUAAGACCAACCGGGCCAAGGGUGAGUUUCCUGAUGCAAUCAAUCGCUUGCUCGAUCAAGUCCCUGAAUUAGUUGAAUUAUCUUCUCCCAAGGAAUCUGAUAGUCUCAUGGCUUCUAAGUUGGAGUUGGAACGAACAGGACUUGAUGUUUAACUAGCUGAUAUCGUACAAAUAGGCAUUCGUUCAAGAGAUAUCAGAAAUGCAGAUAUCAAACUACUGAUACUAAAUCCUCAGCCAUAUUGAUUGUAUGGCUUUCGCUCAUAGAACAAAUUCUAGAACAAAUUCUUGACCUGUAAAACAGUCGUUUUCCUUUUUUGGGGGGUAUUACAUAUGUAUAGAUAAGUUUGUAUUGGAAAUAUGUUUCUUGGGGUUAGCUGCUUUUUGGCAUUCAAAAGUUCAAGAGUUGUAUAUGAACAUGUGAAGUGUACUUUGUCCAUACAGGAGAAAAUGAAAGAGCAAUGAUAUUGUAUUUUUGACAUUCAUCUGAA